AUUGACUGCUCUCGGGCUGUAUUAGUCGAAUUUUGGCAACGACAGUCGUCGCAACAGUGAAAAAUCAACUUAUCUAAAAUUGAGAUAUACUUGGACAUAUGUCUAGACGUAUAUCUUUGACAAGUGAUUUUGCGAUUAUUCGAGUCUCUGAACCCUUUUUUUUUUACGUGCUUCGAAUAUAUUUAUAUAUAUAGACAUAAGUAAUCUUGUGCCAUGGAUAAUCCGGGCUAUGUGAUAGAUUGUGAUCGCGAGUUCGACACUGCGGUGAGCAAGCGCAAGUCGUUGGACACACGCGAAUACAGCUUCGAGGAGGCCAUCACGUUGACGGGCCACGGACUUUUCCAUCUGAAGCUGUUGCUCGUCAGCGGGCUCUGCUUCAUGGCCGUCAUGGUGGAGAUAAUGGGCGUUAGCCUGAUCAUGCCCCUGGUCAAAUGCGACCUGCAGGCCACGCUGGAUCAGCAGGGCAUACUCGCCUCGGCCGGAUUUCUGGGCGUUGUGCUCAGCUCCCAUGCCGUGGGCUUUCUGGCCGAUACCUGGGGUCGCGUCACGACGUUGCGCUUAGCGAUGCUCCUAAGCGCCAUCACCUCGAUCAUUUCGGCCUUUUCGGUGAACAUCUGGAUGCUGAUCGCCUUCCGUUUCCUGACGGGCUUCUUCAUCUCCGGCGGACAGGCGUGCGUGUUCAGUCUGUGCGGCGAGUUCCAUGGCAACCGAACACGAGUUCGACAUGUCACGCUGCUCUCCUGCUUCUUGUGCAUUGCCAUAAUGUUUGCACCAGCAAUGGCCAUCGGCAUCCUGCCCCUAGAGUUGAGUGGCUCGAUGCUGGGCGUGAACGUAGCCUCGUGGCGCUUGUUCCUCAUCGCUGACGUCUCCGUUGCGCUGCUGGCCUUUGUUGGUCUGCUGACGGUGCCCGAGACGCCCAAGUAUUUGUUGGUUCACGGACGCACCGAUGAGGCGCUGGAGACGCUGCGCAAGAUUUACGUUUACAAUUCGGGCCGGCCCGCCAGCGAAUAUCCCGUGGAGUGCCUGGCCCCGGAGGUCGGCGGCGCCAGCCUGUCCAAUGUGCACAGCGUCUGUGACGCGCUGCGUCUCAUUUGGCAGCAGACGGUGCCGCUGUUCCAUCGCUCUCGCGUCUUCCACACGCUCAACAUCUGCGGCAUGCAGUUCGUCAUCUAUGGCAUCGCCCAGGGCAUCUUCAUGUGGUUCCCCACCAUACUCAACGAACUGGGCGAGGAGAGCUCCCACGGCGCACUCCUCUGCACCGUCCUGCAGAACUUCAAUACCGAACCGGAUCCCGCCGAGAAUGGCACCUGCGCCAUGAAGGCUGACGUCAGUACCUACCUGGUGAUGAUCACCAUUGGAGCCGCCUUCACGGUCAUCUAUUUAAUCUUCGCCUACACCAUCGAUAUGAUUGGCAAGCGGAACCUAUUGAUGGCCUGGAUGGUGCUGACAGUCGUGUGCUUGGCUCUGCUCCAUUGGCUACGGGAAUUCAUCCUGAUAGUGAUUGCGGUGACCCUGGCCAUGGCCAUUGGCAACUGCGGGGGACUGGUCAGCACCAUCGCCAUGGACUUCUAUCCGACGCAGAUCAAUGCGAUGGGCAUGUGCUUCAUCAUGAUGGUGGGCCGACUCGGCGCUGUGGUGGGCAGCAAUGUGCUGGGCAAUUUGCUGUUUAGCAGCUGCGACGCCACCUUCUGGACACUGCUCGGCUUCGUGGUCGUUCUUACCGUCAUGGCAUACUUUCUACCGGAGCAGACCAAGUCCAAGGCCAAACGGCAAUCCUCAGCUGCCAACGGGCAGGAAAUUAGCUCUAAGUAACUGUAGCCCCUACUAUCUAGCUCUAUGUGGUUCUACGUUUUGUAUUAAGCAAAUAGAAGAAGAAGAGACAAACGAAGCGACAAAAAAAAACAAAACAAAACAAAACAAAGACAAAAACUGGAUGAAUUCUACAAGGAACGGGAACGUCAAUGGGAGCGACUAUGGCAAUAACCAAUGGGAACGGGAAUGGGAAUUGGAAUGGGCACGGGAGCGGGAACGGGAACGGGAACGGGAACGGGAACGAGAGCAAUUGCAUUGGAAAUGGAUUAAGUAAAUGUUUGUCCUCAUUUCUAUACUUGUUGUUCUUGUUAUACCCUGUAGAGAGCAUGUGCAAGCAGCUGGGGUAUGCUCGUCUAAUUGAAACUCAUUGUUCAGGACGUCAAUUUGAGUAUCGGAUGUGAUUAGAGCUGGCUUAUAGCGCUGUUUUAGUAUUCUUCAGUAUUUAAUAUUAUAAUAUAAACAAUUUUUAGUAGUUCUUCAGAAUUUUGUGAUUUCUGAAAGAAAAUGGAAGACAACAAAAAAUCAUAUUAGAAUUAUAUAUAAUUAUUACUAUACUGUAAGACAUAUUUUU